CACGGCCAACUCCCACGGCGCAAUGGCAAUGGCAACAGCACAAUCCGAGCCGCAAGGCUCGCAAAAUAUCUCCAACUUGCUUGACGCGAUCACCGGAUGUCUCACUUCUACCGGCACCUCUCUGCCGAAGACGCACCGCGAUGAUCCUGCCGAUGUCUCGAUCGAACCCCCGGCCGACGGCAUAUCGCUUCUCGACGUCAAGAGCGACCUCCUCCUUUCUUACAUCCACAACCUCGUGUUCCUGACGAUAAUCCAGCUCAGAGAGCUUUCAUCGGAACAGGAUGAUAACGACGCCGAGCAACGGCAAUCGCAGCAGGAGGACCUCGUGAAGAAACUGGUGGAGCUGCGGGUCUACCUCGACCGGGGUGUUCGACCGCUGGAAGGACGGCUGAAGUACCAGGUCGACAAGGUGGUGAAGGCGGCCGAGGAUUCCGAGAGGGUGGAGCGUGAGACCCAGGCGAGCGCCAAACGACGAGUAUCUGGGGACGAUGGAGAAUCCGGAUCCGAUAGUCAGAGCGAAAGCGACAGCGAUGACAAUGAAGAGGAAGAGAACUUCGACGAUAUGGCAUACAGACCUAACUUGUCUGUGUUUGCGAAGAACGUGGAGCCCCCACCGACGCUAGACCGAUCGCGAACGAACGCCACCAGUGAUGGGAUUUACCGACCACCGAAGAUCAUGCCCACCGCCUUGCCCACUACCGACACCAAGGAGCGCAAGGAGCGUGUCAAUCGCCGAUCGAAUGUCAUCGACGAGUUCGUCAGCGCCGAAAUGUCGUCCGCCCCCAUGGCGGAGCCCAGCAUCGGAAGUACCAUUGUGCGUGGAGGACGACACACCAAGUCGCAGAAGGAGCGGCGCAAGGAGGCGGAGCGGGAAAAUUACGAAGAGACCAAUUUCAUCCGUCUGGGCAAGGAGAGCAAGAAAGAUCGCGCCAAGACCCGCGGCCAGCGUGGUCCGGAGGGCACUUUCGGUGGUGAAGACUGGAGAGGACUCACCGAGGGCGCGGACCGCAUCGCGAAACUUACUCGGCGCGCCCAAGGCAGCGGUGGCGCUUUGGACAGGAGUCGGAAACGCAAGAACGACGAUGGGCCCCGCGGCGAUGCGGGCUUGGGUCACGUCUUCGAGAAGCGUCGCAAGAAGAUCGAAGGAUGGAAGAAAUGAGCCUAUCUCAUGUAUAUCACGGAGUUACUGUUUUGCCCUCGGCAUUUUUUUAUUUUAUUUUAGAAUAUCUAUCACGGUCUUGAUACCACACUUGGCAAAAGUUCAAUG